CCAUGUUUAGAUUCUUAGAUUUUUGAUCUGAUUAUACUUUUUCUUUAGUAUUCCUUUUCCUGUCUACAAAGUAAAAAUUGAUUCAUUUUACUGAUAUAGAAUAUGUUUAUUCUUUACAUUGUUAUUACUAAUGUUUUAUUUUACUUUUGCUCAUUGUGUCUGUUCUGUUCAUGUGGGGUAUUGAUGAAUAAGAUGAGAGAGAGAGAGAGAGAAUGUGAUCAUACCUUGUGUGUAAGAAUUAUCUUGGGUUAUUGCUUUCAUGCUGUUUUCAGCUGAAGGCUGUUGUGUGGGGGAGAGUUAAAGUGGACUUGUUCAUUUGGGGGACCAUAUUGUCCUUUGGCUCAUUAGAAAAGUUUAUACAUUACCACUGUACCUUUCCUUUUCAUUGUUCUCUUUGAAAGGAGAGAGUGUUUUGUCUGGUCAGCACAAUUGCCCUUGUUCCAUCUCUCUCUUUCUCUCUCUCUCUCUCUCUCUCCUUUUGAUGAUAAAAUUUAGAAAAGCCUGUGUGUAUGGAUAGUUGAUUGUGAGCUUUCUUACUUAGCUCUAUAACAAUACAAGAAAGGAAAAGAAGCAAAAUUUGUUAGGAGAAAGAAGUCAAUCAGUCAUGGGGCAAGAGGACCUGUGCAAUAUGUCUGGGCACCAUGAAACCUGGUCAGGGCCAUGCCAUUUUCACUGCAGAAUGCUCACAUUCAUUUCACUUCCACUGCAUUACCUCGAAUGUAAAACACGGGAACCAAAUAUGUCCAGUUUGUCGGGCUAAAUGGAAAGAAGUGCCCUUUCAGAACCCUUCUACUCUAUCCAAUGGACCAUCUAGAAUUAACCCAGCUCCCUGGCCUCAAGAUGAUCCAUGGAUGACUGUUGUACGACGUCUUCCUUCUGUAAGGAUGGAUACACCCCGACAGAUUGCUUCACUGUUCCAUGCUCCCGAGCCAGUCGUUUUUGAAGAUGAUGAAGUAUUAGAUCAACAACCCGAGAUUAAUGACAGAGUAACAUCUAAUGUAGAUGCUGUUGUUGCUGUUGCUAAUAACAAUCGAAAUCAUACUGUAGAAGUCAAGACAUAUCCUGAGGUUUUAGCUGUUCCAAGAUUAUCUCCUCACAAUAACUUCACUGUGUUGAUUCACCUUAAGGCUCCUCUUAUUUCAAGCCCGAAUAGUGGUAAUCCAAUGGAAAUGCCUCCUCCGACAUCUCAAGAUCCUCGUGCUCCAGUUGACCUAGUCACGGUGCUUGAUGUUAGUGGCAGCAUGGCUGGAACCAAGCUUGCUUUGUUGAAACGAGCUAUGGGAUUUGUUGUGCAGAAUCUCGGCCCCUCUGACCGACUUUCUGUCAUUGCUUUCUCCUCAACAGCUCGUCGUCUCUUUCCUCUUCGUCGUAUGACUGAAAGUGGAAGGCAGCAGGCAUUACAAGCUGUUAAUUCUUUAGUUUCAAAUGGUGGGACAAAUAUCGCUGAAGCCCUUAGAAAAGGUGCCAAAGUGCUUGUAGAUCGCAAGUGUAAGAACCCGGUUUGCAGUAUCAUACUACUCUCUGAUGGCCAAGAUACAUAUACUGUCAGUGGUCCCAUUGGGAACAAUCAGCGGUCAAACUAUCAGUCUCUUCUUCCCAUCUCGAUUCAUCGAAACAAUGGUGCUGGCUUGCAGGUUCCAGUUCACGCGUUUGGAUUUGGUUCUGAUCACGAUGCUUCCUCGAUGCACACGAUCUCUGAGAAUUCUGGAGGAACAUUUUCGUUCAUAGAAGCUGAGAGCGUGAUUCAAGACGCAUUUGCACAAUGCAUUGGUGGGCUGCUGAGUGUGGUAGUACAAGAGCUUCGGGUUGAAGUUGAAUGUGUUCAUCCUCAUUCCCGAUUAAGUUCUAUAAAAGGCGGUAGUUAUCAGACAACAAUAGUGGCUGAUGCAAGAACUGGUUCCAUCAAAGUUGGAGACUUGUAUGCUGAAGAAGAAAGGGAUUUUCUAGUGUCACUGAAUGUACCAGUCGAAGAAUCUUCAGAGACUUCAUUGCUAACAGUAAGAUGUAUUUACAAAGAUCCAAUCACCAAAGAAAUGGUUUCACAAGAAGCUAAUAACUUGAAGAUCCAAAGACCAGAAGUGGCCAGACAACAGCUAGUUUCAAUUGAAGUAGACAGGCAGAGGAAUAGGGUGCGAGCUGCAGAGGCAAUGGCCGAGGCUAGAGCUGCAGCCGAGAAUGGUGAUUUAACUGCUGCAGUCUCGGUCCUUGAGAGCUGUCGUAGAGCUUUAUCCGAAACUGUCUCUAUGCAAACAGGUGACCGGUUAUGUGUAGCACUUUGUGCUGAACUAAAAGAGAUGCAAGAAAGAAUGGCGAAUCGUCGUGUGUACGAGGAAUCAGGACGAGCAUACGUGUUAUCAGGAUUAAGCUCACACUCAUGGCAAAGGGCAACAGCAAGAGGGGAUUCAACAGACAGUACAAGCCUUGUUCAAAGUUACCAAACCCCAUCUAUGACAGACAUGGUAAACCGGUCUCAAACCAUGGUUUUCGGUAACCCUCCUCAUAGAAGCCUACAGCCUACUCAUUCAUUUCCAAGCCGAACUCGGCCAAGGUAAAAUCAAAGAAGCUGUCUUUUUGAAAAGAGAAAAAAAAAAACAACUACUCAAACCUUAAUUCAAUUACAUUCCUAUAUCAAAUAUAGAUGGACCAUUUAGUUUCCUUAAAAUGUUAAAUUUUUGUUGUGGUAUUUUGGAAAGUUUGGGGGGGUAUAAGAGGAGAGAUAGAGAGAGUUUUGGUAUAUUUGUCCUUGUUUUUGGUAAUGUAUAUGAAUAAGAAAUUGUUGGGAAAACAAAGGUGAAGAUAAUUGGGGUGUGGUGGUAGUAAACAAUUGUGCAAAAGGAAGAGAAAUUGUUAUUUUGGAUUUUGUACAGAAACCAACUAUUUAUUUUUCUUUAUUUAUUUCUUUCUUAGUAUUGUUAUUA